GAAGGGUGGUGUUACAGAGUCCUGCAUGCAGUCAGAGGAGAAGAAGGAACAGCAGUCGCAGAAAGUCGCAGUAUGCGAGGCAUUGUACUUGAUACCAACGCCCUGUACAUGUCAAAUACCUCCAAGUCUCUACAAGUCCGUGUCCAAUGUGCCACCAAGCUAGAGAGUGGGAUGCCAGGCUGCCCAAGGCUGUGAAUGGCCAGGCUAAAGGUUUAGGAUUUGGGGAGUGGCCAAUGCUUGUUGCUGGUUGCGAGCUCUGGCAAUCCUCCUUCCUUCCUCCGUCCUCUUCUCCGAGCCUGAGAGCCUGCGUUCUCUCCUCUCUUUUGACUUUUGGAGCCACUGCCACGAGCGUUUUCGUUCAGCAAUUUAGCCUGACAAGUACCCAGCUCGCAAGUACCCAGCACCCAGCACCCAGCGCCCAGCAACCAAAAAGCAUCCCAUCAGCCUGGUGAGGCUUCGCGCAUGGGUCCCUUGCGUUGCACUAGGGGACCGACACCGACGCACCGUUACCCUGUUGAACCCAGUGUGGUGGAACAGAACCUCCGUACUAUCUCGUUCACCUCAAACACAUGGGACUGUCAAGAGGCGGAACCACCAAGUGAUCUUCACGAAUAACCACAAAUGAUACAACGGCUACGGAGUACUGGGGUACAAGAGGUGCCGUGGCGAAAUAUAUGGGGGGCGAGGUACCCCGGGCGAAUGUCGCAAGAAGCAAUUCCUCAGCGCCCCCAAUUUGAUCACCUUGCAUUGGUACUGCUCGCAUGAGCAACAUGCACCUCGCUUCGAGACUCACAAAGAACGUCCGCUGGUACCCAGCUGAAAAUCUUUGCCAGAAAAUUUUCCUUUGGGUUUUUCUUCUUUGAUCUAUACCCAUGCUCAGGCCAUAAGGGCUAUUCCUCAGGCAAACAUUUUUUUUUUGGUUGGAGGGCCAGAGCGAAGUCCGUAUCCGGAGUACAUGCGGCACAACACGAGGAGAGCCAGAUUCGGGUACUCUCGCCGUCAAGCCUAUAGCCUCCCAAGGAGUCGUCAAGUGGAACUGGGUGGGUACGUUUGGGGCUGCAAGGGUUGGGAAAUGGGCACCGUGGUGGAUUGCUUCUGGACCUCUUGAUCUCUCUCGAGUUCAUGCACAAAAUCCAUACUUCCCACAACCUCGUGCUCCAGCUCCAGAGCCAGCUACCGUUUCUCGAAUGACCAGAGCCCGUAUGGUUCGAGAAUCUCAUUCUGGUCGUUGACAGGUUUGCCAAUAAUGGUACAUAGUACUACCCCUUUCCACUUUUGCCCCCCGGUAUUCUCAAAUAACUAUUUCCCUCACUCCCG